GCCUGGGAAGAUGGCGGGUGCGGCCAUGGCGGCCGUGGGAACUUGGCUACCACAUUGCCGGAGGUGGGGCAGGUCCGCCGUAUCCCGCGACUUCCACCGUGUUUUCAGCACCUUGUUUGCACGGGAACCGCACGGAGCUCCCCGGGGGCUCCCUGGUCAGUUUCCGAAAGCUUUCAGACAAAAGACAUCAUACUCUUAUCUUAGUCGACCUGGCCUUCCAAACCUGGCUUAUAAGAAGCUAAAAGGCAAAAAUCCAGGAAUUAUCUUCAUCCCUGGCUUUCUUUCUAAUAUGAAUGGUAUAAAAGCAUUGGCCAUUGAGGACUUUUGCAGAUGUCUAGGUCACGCCUAUAUAAGGUUUGAUUACUCUGGAGUUGGAAAGUCAGAUGGCAACAUAAAAGAAUGCACAGUGGGAAAAUGGAGAAAAGAUGUUCUUUCUGUCAUUGAUGAAUUAGCUGUAGGACCACAGAUAUUAGUUGGAUCUAGCCUUGGUGGCUGGCUUAUGCUACAUGCUGCCAUUGCACGGCCAGAAAAGGUGAUUGCUCUUAUUGGUAUAGCUACAGCUGCAGAUGGCCUAGUGACACAAUUUAAACAACUUCCUCUUGAGACUAAAAAGGAAAUAGAGGAGAAAGGCAUGUGGACUCUUUCAUCAAAAUACAGUGAUGAAGGAGUCUAUAAUAUUCAAUACAGUCUCAUCAAAGAAGCUGAAUACCACUGCUUACUCCAUAGCCCCAUUCCUGUGAAGUGCCCCGUCAGAUUGCUGCAUGGCAUGAAGGAUGACGUCAUCCCAUGGCAUACAUCCAUCCAGGUUGCUGACCAGAUAAUCAGCACGGAUGUAGAUGUCAUCCUCAGAAAAUACAGUGAUCACCGAAUGAAGGAAAAAGCAGACAUUCAACUUAUUGUUUAUACCAUUGAGGACUUAAUUCAUAAGCUGUCAACAGUAGUUACGUAGAAUCACAAUUGGGAUAUAAACUAAUGAGCAGAAGAUAAAAUGAAUAUCAAAUGAAAAAAGUAAUACUUAGGUUUUUCUUCCUUUUAUUCUACUUUGAGAAUAUCAUAUGGCUGUUUAUUUAUUGAUGUAUUUGCACAAGUAGUAAAGAAAGUACCUGAUGCUGUUAGAAAACCUUUCUCUUUCAAAGCUUGAUUAAUUUUUUUAAUUUGAGCAUUUCCUUUAUUUUUCCCUCCCCAGCCCCAGAUAGCUAAACAUUUUCUACUUUUAAUUAAAUAACAGAUAUUUAUGUUUUAAUGCUUAUGUUAACUGUGUCAGCUGAAGUGUUAUAUUUUAAAUUGUUAAUAAAGUUUCUUUUCAUUUUUUAUUAUAAGUAGAUAUGGAGAUACUUGCAAUUCUGAUCUUAAAAUGAAGUUUACAAAAUACAGGAAAAUAUUUAUGAAAUAAAUAUGAAAUUAUUAGCAAGGUGUUUCAAAGCAUAACAAAGCUCAAAGCUACAUUUUAUUACUUUUACAUAUUACAUGCUAUCGUUAAGUUUAAAAUUUAUCCUUUUUUGUUUGUUCGGGUAUCAGACCUGGGGCUCUACCUUUCGGGCUAUCUGUUUUGUUCCCUAAAUUUAUCCUUUUUUAAAGGCUCAAAAAUUUAGUUAUAUGAUAUUUUAUAUAACACUUCUAAAUUAUGGCUGAUGUCAUUUAAAUGGCAGAACUGUAUUUAAUGUAGCAUUUUCAUAAUCUAAAGCAAAGAUUAAUCUCUUUCACUGCCUACCUGCAAAUAGUCCUUUUUUAUUAAUCUGAACAUAAAGUACAAUAGUCACAUGAUAGCUAAAUCAGAGAACUUUCUGAUGUAGAUUAGAGAAGAAAAUAGGAAAUGCAGGUUUUGAAGGGUGUUUUUGGUUUUGUUUUCAUAUUUUGAUUUGAGGCCACACCUGGCAGUAUUCAGGGGUUACUCCUGGCAAUGCUCGAGGGACCAAGGAUCAUCAAACUUUGGUCAGCUGCAUGAAGUGCAAGCACCCUACCCACUGUACUAUCGUUCUGGCCCAAAAUGCAAAAAUGUGUUAAAUAAAAAUGAGUCUGUGUCAGUACUGAGUUAAGUUGAAAAGAUGACUUAGAUCAUUAUAAAGGGCAUAGAGAUAUAUAAGCCUAUAUAAGUAGAAAAAGAAUAUCUGUCGAAGAUUAACUAAAUCAUUAUUAAUGAGAGCCAAUAAGUAUUAAAUCUGGUUCACAAGAUAAUUCAAGAAACCUUUUAGACAGCCAAGGGGCUAAUCUGUUGUUUUGUUUUGUUUUUAAUUCCUUUGCCUGAUUUGCUUGAGCGGGCACGAGUAACAUCUUCAUUGUGAGACUUGUUACUGUUUUUGACAUAUUGAAUACUCCUGGCAAGCCACCGAGAGUAUCCCACCCGCAUGGCAGAGCCUGGCAAGCUACCCGUGGCAUAUUCGAUAUGCCAAAAACAGUAACAACAAGUCUCAAUGGAGACAUUACUGGUGCCCGCUGGAGCAAAUUGAUGAACAGUGGGACAACAGUGUUACAGUGCUACUCCUUCGCCUUGAAAGAGAUAACAUAGCCGGCUUGACCACUUACAAGGUUAAUCCUUAACUUGUGCUUGGAAACUUGGACGUUAGGGUUCCCCCAGUCCUCCAACUUAAAAAAUUGUCUCCUCUGCCCAAACUGUACAAACAGACUGACUUACAGUCAGCCUGCUUUCCUUGCUUUCCUUCUAGGAGUCUGAAGUGUCAGUUGGAGUCAGGCAGAGACUAGGACCAUUUCCCAGAUACAACUCACGACUACAUCUGUUUCUAAGGAGCUUUAACAAGCAGCAAUUCUCUUGUGCUGUAUCAACGUUGUGUCAUCCUGCUACCCAGGAGAGAAUUACUUGAAUCUUGCACUUCAUUUCCUAAAAUUAAAUAAUUUCAGCCCUAACUACUGUUUUAUUUUGUAGAACUUUCCCUGUUUGGGGGGGUGAUAGGGGUUGUUUGGGGGCCAUACUCAGCAGUGCUCAGGGCAUACUCCUUACUCCUGUGAUGACAGGGAUCGGACCCAGGUGAGCACAUGGAAGGCAAGCACCUUCCCCACUAUACUGUCACUCGGGCCCCUGGAAUAUCUAGUACAUCCUGAUACUGUGAUAAAUAGCUUUGAAUAGUGGACCACCGAGCUAUGUCGUGAUUAUGAACAAAUCAGAGAACCAGGGUCAUCUUUGGAACCCUUGGUUCUGUCAGCAUCAUAAGCAAUUAAUGUCCCUGCAAGGUUUUUUGGUCUGUAAAGUAACACUGUAAACCCAGAAAGGUAUAAGGAUUAAAUAAACCUUAAAACUUAGAGCUGUGAGGUGGAAGAAUCACCAUCCAGUAAGUCUGAUGUGAAAAAAAUGAUAGACAUAAUUUAUCAUGGAUUUAGACAGGAAACUGGAGGCAAGACAGUGGGUAGAUCUAAAGCUGAAAUUGCAUCUUGCUAAUUUCAAGAUCCCCAAUUGUUAGUUAUGGUAUCCUUUCUAAUGUAAGUAGUUAGAAAAAGGGCCGAGGACAUAGAGCAUCAUGCACUACAUAACGGUUGGAAAAACUUUUAAGAUUUAACCUAGCUUUGCAGAGAUUAACCAGCACAAAUCCCAAAUAAACUUGAGCCAGUGUGAUUUAGUCUAUUCUAGUACAUCACUAAUUUCUUUAUACCUAUUAUUAUUUUUCACAAAAACUUUAUUUUUCUUCCUAAAACUGCUCCAUGCCAUGUACUCAGUGACAUGGAAAAUAACUGAGCAGCCAGCAGCCGCUGAGUGCCUCAGCCUGGGAAAGUCCUGCAUCAUUUUAAAAGCAACAUGAGCCUUCUAAACAAUUCCUGCAUGUACAAUGGAAAGGAGAAGGCAAAAAGCUAAUGGAAAACUAAGUGAGACCACAUAAUAAUUUGCUUUUGCUGCAUCUGUUGAGCUUAGAGGCAUUUCCAAACACAAAUCUAAACAGGAUGCUGUUCUCUGAGCAGCCAAGAGAAAGGUCUGUGUGGAGAAGGGGAAAAGCGCUUCGGGCAAGACUGAAUUCUAUAAAGCACAGAGAUAGAGGAAGGAGAAAAUAACUCCCAGCAUAACCAUUUCCAGGGCCAAAGGGAAUAAAUAGGUCAGAGGAUCAAAAAUGUUGAACUUCUUUAAACAAAAACAAGACUCAUUUUCCAGAGGAAGGUGAGUAGAAUUUAGACAUGCAUUUAGAGAUCCCCUUUAAGUGAACAUGAAGAGCAACUUUUCGUUUAGAGUGGUAAUCACUAAGUACAUGUAAUUUGAUGGAAAAUGUGAUGCUUUGUUACAUUUAAAGGAUAGACCUAGAAAAACGCAACCUCUAGUAUGUUUUUAAUUUUUAUUUUAUUCUCUUGGACUGGAGCAAUAGCACAGCAGGUAGGGCGUUUGCCUUGCAUGUGGCUGACCCGGGUUCGAUUCCUCUGUCCCUCUCUGAGAGCCCAAUAAGCUACCAAGAGUAUCCCAUCCGCACGGCAGAGCCUGGCAAGCUACUGGUGGUGUAUUCGAUAUGCCAAAAACAGUAACAAGUCUCACAAUGGAGACAUUACUGGUGCCUGCUUGCGCAGAUCGAUGAACUAAAGGGACGACAAUGCUACAGUGCGAUGUUAUUAUUUGUUUGGGGACCACACCCCAUGGUGCUUAGGGCUUACUCGUGGUUCUCUGAUCAAGGAAUAUUUCUAGCAGGCUUAAGGGACUGCAUGAUGUGUCAGGAUCCAACUCAGGUCAGCUGUGUACAGGCAAAAUGCCCUGCAUGCUGUAUUCUUUCCAGCCCUAGUAUGUUUUUAAGGAAAUUUUUCCCAUUGGACUUACUGAGAGAGAAACUCCUACUGAAAAAGCUCAGAUGUCAGCUUCUUGGUGAACACUUUUCAUAUUUAUAUUCAUCUCUUUCAUAGAUGUGUCUGGGUCCUCUGUUCUGAAGCUCCCACCUGUUUUGACAGAACUUAAUACUUCGAAAUUAUCCGUUUAUAUCCAGGCUCUCUCUCAAAGAACAUUGAAAUCAGGAGCUUGGACACUUCAUCCUUUGCUUCUUCUUCCUCCCCUCACCUACCCUCAGUGCUGAUCUUACCUUGAGUUCAGCUUUUGUGCUCUGCUCAUGCUCUAUUGUUCUUUUCGACAGUUUUAUAAAUAAAAUGUAUACAUUCAUUCCUUUUUAUGGGGGGGACUCCCACACGGUGCCUGGGGGGUCUAGUGUCAUAAUGGUCACGUGGCAGGCUUUCUCCUUAGAACUCAGCCUUGUCCCCCAUAUUUCCCCCCUAUAUUCCACACAGAUCUUUCUGUUGGCUGCUCAGAGCAUGGCACACUGUUUUUUGGUGUUCAGAAGUGCCUCUGAAACUAACCACAAGUGUGUGGGGGGCGGUGGGUAGGUAAGAUCGAGAAGAGACUAAUAGGGAUUUAUCACACUGCACAAUAUCUGAGGGUUAAAAGUAGGUAAGGGAUAUUCUUGAUAAUCUUCCGUUAUCAAUAUUGCAAACAGUGCCCAAAAGAAGAGAGAGGGAGGGAGAGAGAGAAAGAGAGAGAAAGAAGAAAAGCACCUGCCACGUGCCAUGGAGACAGGGAAGGAAGGGUUUGGGAGUCGUGGGAAUGACGGGAGGGAACCUGGGGACACUGGUGCUGGGAAAUGUACACUGGAAGAGGGGAAGGAUGGGUGUUGGAAUACUGUAUGACUGAAAUCCUGUCAUGAUCAGCUUUGUAAGGAUCUAUCUCAACAGUGAUUCAAUAAAAAAAAAACUUUAAAAAAAAAAGUGCCUCUGAGCUCUCAGAUCCUAGGCCUGCUUAUGCAGACCUGAUGGUUCAGUAUCCCAUUUUGCUCCGAGGAAUUACUUGAACCCAGCGGUGCUGGCACCACCAGCUAUGCCCUCUGAUGCUACAGGGCUAUACCCAACCAUGUGAGGCCAGGGAUCAAAUCUGGGAUCUAGCACCAGGCCUUUG